AUGGGGGAUAAAGAAUCAUUCACGGCGACCAGCAACAUCAUCACCUCCCUCGGCACGAUGCGCAUGGACGAGGGGGUUCUAGUUAACGACUACCCAUACACAGCUGAUAGCGAUACAUCCAUGGACGACCAAGAAGAAGCUGCUACUCUUAGCGUUGGUAAUGAUCAGUUCGAUAAAGAUGACGCCGAUACGUUCAUGGACGCGUAUCACGAUGCUUUCAUGAGCGGAGGCUUCCAUGACAUUGAAGAAGACAGCAAUAUACUGUGGGGGGACGAUGCCGAUGAUAUCUUGAGUAGAGAUAACAACGCUCAGUUGAAGCAAGUUGGCCAUAACUUGCUUGGAGAUGACCACGACGUGGAGAUGGAGGACCAUAGUGGCGAUCCUGUGAACACCAACGAUAUUGAACGGACAGACGCCGAGAGCGCAUGUGUCCGAUCAGUCCACUUUCGGUUCCUCGAUCUCCCAGCAGAGCUACGCAACCGAGUCUACGACUUCUGCGCCGCGGAAGAUUACGCCAAGCCUGGAGACACCUACCACUUCGAUUUGGAAGAGAACCCUAUUCAACGCGUGCAGCGCCGGACCUUCCGCCUUCACGUCAUCAAAUCACAUUCCAUGCCCCUGACGCACGUCAACAAGCAGAUCCGAAAUGAAUUCUCACCGGUUUUCCAGAACUUGAUGAUCUCCCGCCCACUAAACGAAUCUCAAGCUCUGAUUCAUGUUCCCCCAGCGAGCGCACCAUCUUGCGGCAGCAGCAGCCGCAGCAGUAGAACCGAUCAUCUCAUCGUGUAUCUACGCUUGUAUAGCUUCCUAGUCUACCGCAAAACUUUCGACUUGUCGCCUCAAACACCUCCUCCGCACAGCCUCAUCGUUCUUCUCUUGAACUUCGGACGUUUAGGAGAACUGAUCGAUGCCCAAGAGCUACUGACUCUCUGCGAUAAGAAUCCCGGUCUGAUCAUGGCCUCGGAUCCUUCCCCCAAACUUCGAGUGUACUUCAAGUUCCCUUUCAAUAGGACUCAUCACGUUAUGGGAGCUUCGCCGCUCUUCAACCGGAUGUUCUGGCAGUCAAGUGCUAUUCCCAAGAACAAGACCGUUAUAGAAGCUGAUGAAGCUUCGCCGCUUUUCAACCGGAUGUUCCGGCAGUCAAGUGCUAUUCUCAAGAACAAGACCGCUAUGACUGGGCUAAAGUCGAUCACUUUCCAGGGGUGCGGGCAGCAGUGGAUGAUGCUCUGGAUCGAAUAUGAUAACAUUCCGAACGAUCCUGCUGUCUUCGACGAGAAGUAUGAGCUUUGGAGGAAAGUGCUCCUAGGCCCCGGAGACAUCAUGUAG